AUGGCUAACAAAGAGAAACUCCAAGAAAUCACCACAACCAUUAAUCAAAACUCUGAAUCUAUCACCGAAAUCAAAUCAGAAGUGGGUUCCAUCAAAGAUGAAAUUAGUUCCAUGAAGACUUCUGUUAACAACUUAGAUUCCCGACUUCUUUCUAUCUUCGAUCUACUUUCGAAUAUUCAACAUCAAGGUUCAAAUCAUCCUCCAGAUCGACCUUCACCUGGUGAUUCUCAUUCUAAUGGUGAUUCUUUCGACGACAUCCGUCAGCUUAUCCGGAAUAUUCAUCCACCCAAUACUGGUAAAUUCACUCGAACUCCAAAGGUAGAUUUUCCUAGAUUCAAUGGUACAAACCCUCGUGGAUGGGUUCUGAAAUGUGAGAGGUAUUUUCACCUUCAUAACUUUCCUGACGAAGAACAUGUUGAUAUGGUUGUAAUACAAUUCGAUUCUCAAGUUGACUCGUGGUAUCUAAACUACCAACAAGGUAAAGGAUCUAUUCCUUGGUCUACUUUUGUUCAGGAUUUAUAUGCUCGUUUUGAAGAUGUUGCUCAUGAUAACUAUGUGGGAAGUUUCAAUAAAUUGUCUCAAACAACCACAGUAAAGGACUAUUAUGAUAAAUGGGAGCACUAUAAAAGCUAUAUGGUAGCUAAUAAUCCAUCACUUCCUGAUAGUUUUUAUACACUUAGUUUCAUAAGUGGCUUAAAGGAGGAAAUUCGUACUGUUGUGCAAAUGUUUAAACCAGAAGAUACUUCCACAACCUUUUAUCUGGCUAGAUUACAAAAAGCUUCCCUACAACAGCUACCUAGCCCAAUUAAAUCAUUCUCUAAGCCAUUUGCACCUACCCCAUUAUCUGUUUCACACCCACCCUCCACUGUCAAACCUUUUUCUCUUCAAAAUCUACAUUCUCAAAAGAAAGACAAAGGGUUGUGCUAUAAUUAUGACAAAUUAUAUAGACAAGGUCAUAAAUGCAAAACUCAGCAGUUACUCAUGUUGAUUGCUGACGAAGAACAAGAAGAGCAAGGAGCUUUAUCCACUGAUGAAGUUAGUGAUACAUCACAUUCCGGUGGAGAUUCCCCAAUCGAAAUUUCUUUACAUGCCUUAACAGGGAAUAUUGCUCAUGAUACAAUCAGAAUAUCUAGACAUCUUAACAAGCAUCAUGUGACUGUUCUUAUUGAUACAUGCAAUACGCACAGUUUUAUUGAUGUUACAUUGACCUCAAAAUUGGGUUUACAUGUGUCUCCUACGGGACAAAUGCUUGUUACAGUUGCUAAUGGUGAUAGCACAGUAAGUCAAGGUAUCUGCCAAAACCUUACUUGGGAGAUGCAAGGCUACCAAUUCUCAGCAAAUUUACGGGCACUACCUCUAGGUGGAUGUGACAUCGUCUUGGGAGCUGACUGGCUUCGCCAACUUGGUGAUGCUGCAAUAUCACUCUACAGGGUAAUCAUUAAACCUUCUCUCAGCUUAAUUAGUGGUUCUUCUUUUGCUAAAUUCCUCAAGAAUAACACACCCACAAUUAUUGGCCAAUUCUUUUCAAUAUCAUCUACACCCAUCACACCCCCACCACCUGCAGUCUCCACACUUUUAGAAAGUUUUGCUGAUAUUUUCGCAGAACCAACUGGCCUUCCUCCAUCUCGAUCACUUGACCAUAAAAUACCUCUUAAAACUGGCUCAAACCCUACUUCCGAACGGCCUUAUAAAUGCACGUACAUACAUAAGUCUGUGGUUGAGUCCUUAGUUUCUGAAAUGCUAUCCAAUGGUGUAAUCCAAAAUAGCCAUAGUCCAUUUGCUGCUCCUAUCCUCUUGGUCAAAAAGAAGGAUGGCACCUGGCGUUUUUGUGUUGAUUAUCGCAAGCUUAAUGACAUUACGGUUAAGGAUAAAUUUCCAAUACCUCUUAUUGAAGAACUACUAUAUGAGUUGAAUGGGGCUUUAGUCUUCUCAAAGAUUAAUCUGCGUUUAGGUUAUUAUCAAAUACGACUUUAUGCGCCUGACAUAUACAAGACUGCUUUUCGCACUCAUCAUGGCCAUUACGAGUUCAGGGUCAUGCCAUUUAGGCUUAAUAAUGCCCCUGCAACUUUCCAGGCCCUCAUGAAUGAGGUAUUUUAG